CUCCAUCACAACCACAACAACACACUUAACUUUGGUUUUCAGACAUAACAUAGCAGAGAAAAGAGAAAUAUAGAGAUAUACAAUAAUAGCAAUGGAAGGUAGAACAAGCAGCUUUGAAACUGACCUUGAUAAUUUGAAGGCAACAGAGUUGAGAUUAGGAUUGCCGGGGACAGAAAAGCCAAUGAAGAAUAACCGAGGCAGCAAACGGACGCUGGCCGAUGAGGAGAGGUCGGAGACAAACUCGGCAGAGAGUGGGCUUGAAACUGCACCACCUGUGGCCAAGGCACAAGUAGUAGGAUGGCCACCUAUUAGAUCUUAUAGGAAGAACAGUUUUCAAGCCAAAAAGGAAGAGAGUGAGGGUGCUGGAAUAUAUGUGAAAGUUAGCAUGGAUGGAGCUCCUUACUUGAGAAAGAUAGACCUACAGUUGUAUAAUGGGUACAAGGAGCUUGUGGUGGCAUUGGAAGGCAUGUUCAAGUGCUUCUCUCUAGGUGAGCUUUCUGGGAUGGAAGGACACAGUGGAUCUGAAUAUGCAGUUACUUAUGAGGAUAAAGAUGGAGAUUGGAUGUUGGUUGGAGAUGUUCCAUGGGGGAUGUUCAUCUCUUCUUGCAAGAGACUGAGGAUAAUGAAAGGAUCUGAAGCAAGAGGACUUGGUGCAAGUUCAUGAGCGUUACUGCAUGCAGUUCUAUAUCUGCACAGAAUUUGUUACAGAUAUGGAGAAAAGUGAUGCUUGAGCUCACCAAAUUCAUAAAAGAUGGAAUUAUAUGUCAUCAUCAUUAUCAUCAUCAUCAUCAUCAUCAUCAUCAUCAAGGAACAGAAAUCAACAGAAAAAAUAAAGCAAAAAAAAGGAAAGAGAGAAAAGUCUGCGUUUAGAUAGUGUUUUCCUUUUUUCUUAUGUUAGGUUUCUUUCAGAGCAUGUUAUUUCCCAUCUUUUUUCUUUUUUUUUUUGUCUUUUUUCUUUUUUAUGUUAACACUUUCAUCCAAGACUGAAAGCUGGAUAUAAGACACAUAGAACACAUGUUUUUUACCUGCAA